GCCAGGGACCUUUGACAUUUUUUGCUUGACUCAGGCUCUUUUUUUUUCUCUCAACAUAUUUUUUUCCCAUGUUUCGGGGUGUUGCUUUUUGGGGGGCGCGUUUGGUAUUUUUGGUUAAACCAUGUGGCAACCCUAGUUACUGGCCUGUCACCCACUUGGUCUGGCAGCCAGACCAACGUCGCUACCAUCGAGCGCUUUAGAAAACCUACCUGAAUGUCUGUGUGUCCGGCCAGUGCUCCUCAACCAGCUAGGACCUCCACUUUGUGAUGCUGCCGCCUCUUGCCUUGACAUACAGCAAGCUGGGGGCCAGGCCAUGUGGCUGCAAUGGGCUUGCUUCUCACACACCUACUGACAAGAGCAAAAAACACCAGGCGCCCUCCUCCUCCCCCACCCCCGCCUGGUACAGGAACAGUGAUGCCUGUUCCCCUUGGUCAUGGCACAAGGGGAAAGUGCCCAGUUAGCUGCAUUUCUCACUCUAACUGGGGAGCACAGCAGGAACCUGGGACUGCCCCAUGCUGGGGACACACACCUCUCCUCGGCCGUGGGAGGGCUAGGAUAAUCCUCUCUCUCUGAGGCAGCCUGCCUACUCGACCCUUCAUCCCUAGCCACACCCUAGAGUGAGAAAUCAAAUACAGAAAAACAAAAAAAAUUAAGGACUGAGCAAUCCUGGGAUAAGUGUUCUAAUAAUUUAUUAUCAGAGCAUAGAGGAAAAAUAGAUUUAGAAUAUCAGGACUUCUCAGUAGCAUAAAACCAGAAUAUUUGAAUUAUAGAUCUCGCACACAAUUCCUGUAAACUUUUGUUGGCAAUGCUAUUUCUUAAACCAUUUAAAAAUUAGCAGCAAGAUUUGAAGAUUUCCUGAAUAGGUUAAUAGCCUAGAAUCCAAUCAAAUAAUGUUCAGUGUGUGUAUGCACCAAAUUCUCAGAACCACAUUAUAAUGCGGAAACUAAUUUAACUUCCAAUGAAGACAAGUGAUUUUAUGUACUCAGGGCAAUGCCAACAAGUGCUACAUCAACAAAGCUAUUGAAACAGAAAAGCAAACAAAGUGAGGCAGAGAAGCUGCUGCUGCCCAGCAGGGGUAUCAGGGAACAAAAAACCCCUAUUAUUUUACCUCUGCUUCUAAAGGUUAAAAAAUACCUAAAUGUCAUAUCACAAAAGAUGGGGUAGGGGCAGGCGCUUUGAAACUUCCAUUGCCAGGUUCUUUCUGGCCAAUGGACUUGCAACUAAAUUCCCAUGAUUCCCUCAGGAUUUUCAGUGUAACUUUCUGGUUAUUGCUGUCAACUAAGGCUGUGGCCACACUGUAGGAUUUACAGUCACAUAGCUGCAGUGUUUCAGGGACUGCUGCUGUGGCCUGGCCCCUUGUUCUGUGUUUGGGAGUGGCAGGGGAUUCAUUCAUGGUCUUUUUCCUUUUUCAGGUGCUGGUAGGGCUCAUCAUGGUGCAUCUUGCUCGUCUCCUUAUGAAAAACUAUCAUGGAGGACAUGUAGCUAUCCGAUUUGCUCUUGGUGGCUGUGCCAACAGACCCUACUUUCGUAUAGUGGCAGCAUAUAAUAAGCGAGCACGGGAUGGCAAGUAUUUGGAGCAAGUGGGCUGCUAUGACCCACUCCCAAACAGCCAUAAUGAAAAGAUUGUUGGCUUGAAUAUUGAGAGACUCAAACACUGGAUUGGUUGCGGUGCACAUGUCACAAAACCAGUUGAAAAGCUUCUAGGUUUUUCUGGACUUUUCCCAUUACAUCCUAUGACAAUCACAAAUGCUGAAAGACUAAGGAAGAGAAGAGCCUUGGAGGCCCCUGCAACUUCUCAGGAAGAAACACCAAGUGACUGAUAACAUCUGUCUGAACUGAAUUACUCAAAAGAUUACUGUACAGACCUCAAUUAGAACAGUGUGCCAACUAAAAAGGACAAUGUAUCUGCUACAGGAAAAGAAAAGGUAGUGGAUGUGAAUUAUAUAAGAAUAUUAAAAUAUUUGAGGCUUUAAGGAGACCUCAGACAAGGA